AUGAAUACAGUGGGAAUCUUCCAUUCCUAUCUCGCCGAGCACCAACUCAAGGACUACAGCGAGAGUACCAUCAGUUGGAUCUUUUCAAUGUACAUAUUUUUGGCGUUCUUCUGUGGACUCCAGAUCGGGCCCAUCUUUGAUGCCCACGGACCAAGACUGCUCAUCCUCGCCGGUAGUAUACUGUUGUGUGCUUCGAUGCUCCUUCUGGGGCUGUGUACGAAGUAUUGGCACUUUUUUCUCGUGUUCGGGGUUGUAGGCGGACUGGGUACAUCCCUAAUCUUCACUCCGGCAUUCGCAGCCGUCAGUCAUUUCUUCUUGAAGAAGCGAGGCAACGCCACGGGAAUCGCAGCUGCGGGAGGUUCGCUCGGUGGUGUCAUACUCCCACUGGCUUUGCAGCAACUCUUUCCCAAAGUCGGCUUUGCAUGGGCAACUCGCAUCAUUGGUUUUAUGUUCAUCUUUUGCUGCGGCGUGGCUUGUUUCCUGAUCCGAUCCCGGCUACCGCCCAAACCUGGGCAAUCCGUCAUGCCCGACUUCCGCAUAUUCCGCGAUCGAUCGUUGCUGCUGGUCACAAUGGGGACCUUCUUCAUGGAAUGGGCUCUAUUCGUGCCUAUCACAUAUUUAACUACCUUUGCGCUUUCAACGGGCGCCAUGUCCCCGGCUUUCUCCUACCAACUUGUCGCGAUCUUCAACGCUGGAAGUUGUAUUGGACGAUGGGUGCCAGGCUUCUUCGCCGAUAGGUUUGGUCGGUUCAACAGCAUGAUUGCUAUGCUGGCCGUGUGUGCCGCAACUUCCUUGACCCUUUGGCUACCUGCGUCUCUCCUCACGCCGACGACGUCUUCCCAGGCCGCUGCUAUCAAGGCACUCUCUAUCGUCUACGCCGUCAUCUUUGGAUUCGCGUCGGGCUCUAAUAUCUCGCUCACGCCGGUGUGUGUUGGCCAGCUUUGUGAUACGAAUCAAUAUGGACGGUACUACGCAUCUUGCUACACUAUUGUCUCGUUCAGCACACUUACGGGUAUUCCGAUCGCGGGCGCUGUUAUCCAGGCAAGUGGCGGACAUUACUGGGGGUGUGUCGUGUGGACGAUCAUCUGCUACGUUAUCUCUUCGGGCUGCUUUGUCUGGAGUCGCGCCCUGUGUGUUGGUUGGAAGUUGGGGGUGAGGUUCUGA